AUGGCCGACUUAGAUACAUUUUACGCAUGUCCCUCAGUGGUUCUUUUUGAUAGCCUCACCAAGGACCAGUUAGUUCAGUUGGCAAUUCGCUAUGGGAUAGAACUCCCUGCUUCGGUUAAGAGACACAAAGAUACUUUGAAAGGUUCUGUUAAGUUGAGCCUCAUUGAGCAAGGUGUACUCCCUGCUGAUAAAGUGCCGCUUUCACCUCUACCUGGCGGCAGUUCUUUUACUUAUGACCAGCAGCGUGAAUUGCUCCGUCUGCAAUUAGAGAGUAAAAAGGUCGACAGAGAAACCACACUAGCGACACUUGAAUUUCAGGCCAAGCGUUUGGAGUUGAUGGUGGAGGGGAAAUUGCCACCUGAUACGGGUGGUGAUUCUCCGCCAGUUCGAAACAACCUAGCGGGUGGCGAUGUGUGGAAGAGCCCAGUGCAGCCGCUGGUCUCUCGCUCGACGGAGCGUCAUGAUGUUGCGCAGGGCCCUCCUGAUGUCCUCUCUGCGUGCGUAGUUACGCGCAGUGCUCACCGCGCUGCAAAGGAGUUGGAUGCUGAUGGGGAGGCAGUUGGCACCCUGGAGUCUGCUCUCCCUUGGGAAAAGCUUCCCUCAUCGUUGUCGCGGGAGGAGCUUGCAAAAGAACAGAGACAGGACUCCUCCCUGCAACCCUUGUUUGAUCGGGUCAGUCCUGAAAAAGACAAAAUAGAAAGUGGCUAUUUUCUGCAUGGUGAGGUGCUCGUUAGAAAGUGGAUACCACACUUUGGUCGUUAUGUGGGGAAGCCAAUGAUGCAGAUUGUGAUUCCGGAAAGUGUCCGGCCGCUUGUUUUAAAAACUGCGCAUGAUAACAUGGGGCACCUUGGCGUUAAGAAAACCUAUGAUUAUCUGAUGCAGUACUUUUACUGGCCACGCAUAAAGCGCGAUGUGUCCAAAUUCAUUCGUACGUGCCAUACUUGUCAGCUGACGGGAAAACCAAACCAGGCUAUUAAGCCUGUGCCCUUGUCGCCCAUUGCAGUAGCAAGUAACCCUUUCGAUCACCUUAUUAUUGAUUGUGUUGGUCCCCUCCCCAAGUCUAAAUCUGGUAAUGCCUAUCUUUUGACCAUCAUGUGCCAGACGACUCGUUAUCCGGCUGCCUAUCCCCUUCGCUCAAUCAAGGUGAAACCCGUUGUAAAGGCGUUGACUCAGUUUAUCUCCUUCUUCGGCAUACCUAAGGUCAUUCAGACCGAUAGGGGCUCAAACUUCACGUCACGUAUUUUCGGGGGGGUGUUGCGUCUGCUAAAGAUAACGCAUAACCAGGCGUCCGCCUAUCACCCGCAGAGUCAGGGAGCGUUGGAACGCUUCCAUCAGACGUUGAAAUCUUUGCUUAGGGCAUAUUGUGUGGAACUGGCUGGUGAUUGGGAAGAGGGGCUUCCGUGGCUAUUGUUAGCCGCAAGAGAGGUGACUCAGGAGAGCACUGGGUUUAGUCCAAAUGCUCUUGUCUUUGGUCAUUCUGUGCGUGGGCAGCUAGCUGCGUUACACGAUGAUUGGGCUGCCGCUGAACCUCCGAAAAAGCUAACUGACUAUGUUGACGGUUUUAAACGGAGGUUGUAUGAGGCAGGUCGUGUCGCUCGUGAAAAUUUGGAGAAGGCCCAAGGAAAAAUGAAAAUGUAUUAUGACCGUCGAUCGGUCCAACGAGAGUUUCAAACUGGGGACAGGGUCCUAGCUUUGUCACCAGUAGCCGGCUCCCCGUUUCAAGCCAAAUUUGAUGGUCCGUAUGAGGUGCUGCGGCGGGUGUCUAAUGAAAAUUAUGUAAUUUCGACCCCAAAUAGACGUAAGCCCACGCAACUUUGCCAUGUGAAUUUAUUAAAGGCCCACUAUGAGCGAGAGAAUGUUGAAGGCUUACCUGUUUUGCUGGCUGAUGCUCCGGUUGUUUCUGAUUCUCUUCCAGUCAACUCUGAGCUGGUGUUGGAGGGGGAAGAGCUGCGUGGCCCCGAUGAUGCAGUGUUGUUGGCGCGCUUGAAGAACUCUGAGUCUUUGCGUAAACUGCCAGAGCUGCUAGGCCACUUGCCCAUUGAAAUGCGCUCAGAAUUAAUUGUUCUCAUUAAUGAAUUUAAAUGUUUGUUUGCAGACAGGCCGUCUCAGACAUCACUCAUGCAGCACGAUAUUGAUGUGGGUGACUCCGUACCCAUCAGGCAACGUUUUUAUCGGGUCUCUGUUGACAAGCAGAAACAUCUGGAGGCUGAAGUACAGUAUCUCCUUGAGAAUGACCUCGCUGAGCCGUCCUCCUCUAGCUGGGCGUCUCCGUGUGUUCUUGUGAACAAACCUGACGGUACGUUCCGUUUCUGCACGGAUUACCGUAAAGUAAAUGCUCAGACUAAGCCAGACUCGUUCCCCUUGCCACGAAUCGAGGACUGCGUCGAUCAGGUCGGAGGUGCACGCUUCGUCAGUAAGUUUGACCUCCUUAAGGGGUACUGGCAGGUCCCCUUAACGGACCGAGCUCGGGAGGUGUCCGCUUUCAUAACGCCUAAGGGGUUGUUCUCCUACAAAGUUAUGAGUUUCGGGCUUCGUAACGCCCCGGCCUCGUUCCAGAGGCUGAUGAAUCGGGUGGUCUCGGGUUUAGACGGGUGUGCUGUUUAUUUGGACGACGUCGUUUGUUACAGCGACACCUGGGAAAAACAUGUUAAACACAUCAGGGCGCUAUUUACACGUCUAGCAGCAGCCAAUCUAACAGUCAACUUGGCAAAAUGUGACUUUGCUCGGGCAACAGUGACGUACCUCGGCAAGGUGGUAGGGCAGGGUAAAGUGCGUCCUGUGCGUGCAAAGGUUGACGCGAUUGACCGCUAUCCGCCGCCAUCCACCAAAAAGGAGCUUAUGCGGUUCCUGGGCAUGAUGGGUUUCUACCGGUGUUUCUGUAGAGAUUUCUCCACGGUUGUGGAGCCACUAACUCGUCUGUUGAAGGCCUCAGCUAAGUUUGAAUGGUCUGCCUCUUGUCAGGACGCGUUUGAGUCAGCCAAACGACUCCUCACCACCUCGCCGGUCUUGAUGGCUCCUCAUUUUUCGAAGCCUUUUCAGCUUGAGGUGGAUGCGAGUAACGUUGGUGCUGGGGCAGUGCUCUUACAAGAGGAUGAGAAUGGUGUUCGUCGGCCUGUUUCUUUCUUCUCUCGAAAAUUCACUCCAUAUCAGUUGAAGUAUGCUGUUAUCGAGAAGGAGGCGCUCGCACUUAUUUGGGGAAAAAUUGAAGAGGACGAAAGGCAAGAGAGGCGUCGCAGGCAAGAGGAACUGGAGAGGCGAAGACAAGAGGAGCAGAGGAGGCGUCAACAGGAGGAAUUGAGGAGGCAGCAACAACAGGAACGCGAGCAACGGAUCCAGGCACAGAUUGACCAAGAGAAUGAAGCCUGCAGGCAGAAGCUGUCCAGCGCAAAAGAAAAGUUAAAUCAGCAGCAGGGCAACAAGGUCCAGGAACGACACCACCAGCGCACUCAUGUCCUGUAUCAGCUGGUGGAAGACGAUGCAGCAGCAAUUGAAAGGGAUGAGCAAGGUGAUGUAGAGGAACAAUUCAGAGAUCUUCUGUCAGAAUACAAUAUUGAAGAAAGUGUAACAAUACAACAUGACAAUAUUGAGGACAGGAUGAAAACAUUGCAAAAUGAGCUGACAAUUCAAUACUGUAAAGAGAACAAUCUCUCCAUCUGGUGUCAAUUCACUCUAGACCAGGCAGUUGACUAUGAAGGCCUAUCUCUGACAGACAAGUUCAGUCUUCUUAAAGCAGUAGUUCAACUAACUGCAGAGGGACAUUUUGAGUCAACUGAUGGAGACAUAACAGAAGCUGAGUAUGACCCACAGAAUGACUUCCUUCUAGUUUUACUUCAGCAUCUGUAUUUCACAACUCCAACACUGGCAGGACAUCUAUUACUAAAUAUUAUUGAUUCCAUGUCAGAGUUACCUGCUUCAUGUGGAGAUAUUCUUAGGCAAAUGGUCUUUAACAACAUAUGGAGCCCUGUUGAAAUCAUGAUCUUCAUGCAGAGUGUUUCAGGAAUGGACCAACAGAUAAUAUCAUCAAUCCUCCAUACAGCUCAAACUUACAGACUUAGUUGCCUCACUGUUCUUGAUGCAUUAGACAAAGAUGACCCAGUGACAGAUCUUGAAGUGUGUACGAUAGAUGAACCCAAAGAUGCUGAAACCAUCCUUAAUGAGAUGCGUGAGUCUAACUAUCCUGAAAGUAUCCUUUUGGUCUUGGAGGAUGUGCUGACUUAUUUGGAGACGGAGCUACCCAAGUAUGAAUUGGUACAUCUUAGCGAAGAGCAAAUUCAAGAGGGGAAAAACAAGAUAAAGUCAUUUGACUUUGAAGAUCCAGACAUGAACAUUCUCAAAGAGGCUCUUCUUGGUAUGUCCAUUGCAGUACAAGAUUGCACAACAUCUAUUGGGCCAAAUGGUGAAAAAAAAAAGGGCUAUUUUCCCAGGCUUACUCAGCUUGCAUCGUUACUCAUGCUUCUCCUGUCUAGCACUAAGGGUGAAGAUGAACUUAAAGGUUGUUUGCUGGAGAUUGGAACUGGAGAGGGAAAAUCCUGUAUCUUAGCAAUGUUUGCUACAAUUCAGGCCAUCCGUGAGGUCAAAGUAGACAUUGUGACAAGCUCUCCAUUGCUUGCUAUUCGUGACCAAGAAGAGUGGAAGAAACUGUAUGACAAGUUUGGUGUGACAUCCUCAGUUGUUCUUCCAGGAGUGUCCAUGGAAAACCAUGAAAAGUUGGUUAAAGAUGUGUAUAGCAAACAAAUCGUUUUUGGCACGGUUGACAUUUUUGCAGCAGACAUUUUAAAGCAGGAGUUUGAAAAGCACACUACACGAGGCAAAAGAGAUUUUGACUUGGUAAUAGUGGAUGAAGUCGACUACAUGACCUUAGAUAAUGGAGUCCAAGUGACAUUUUUGUCUCACGAAACAAGUGGGAUGAGGCAUCUAGAGCAAGUUCUUGCGAACAUCUGGGUAAUUACAUCGGCUUGUCGGCCAAUUGAAAUGCUGGAAACUGGUGAAAUCCAGUGGACAACAAAGAUCCAACACUUUCACAAGGCAGCUUUUUCAGCUGUUGCUGGUUCAGGUGGCUUCUCACCCUACGACAUAUUGCUACCAGGUGCAAAUUUAGGAUUUUUCUCAGAAGAUGACAUUGAUCAGUUGAAGCAGGCCGAUCAGCAGCCCAACGAUGAAGAACAAAGAAAGGAGAUCCAGACCAGUCAGUGGAAGGCAAUUGAGACAUUAAUGAAAAAAAUCGGAACUGAACAACAACAUGACCUGUUGCUUAUUCUUGAGUCAGCAACUGAGAUGCCGAUAGAGUGCUACUCACUGUCAAACAACAAAGCUAAACCAUUUGGUGAACAAAAGCCAGACCAGGACAAAGCCAAAAUGCUCUUGUUAGAGAAUGGUUGUGCAUGUCAAAUCAUGUCUGAGAAGGAUGUGAUUGAUGCUACGGUUUUACAAAUAAAGAAUCAGAUUAGGUAUUCAAGUGGACGUGAUGUAAAUUCCCUGAAGAAAAAAUCUGAAAAUGAAGAAAAGGAGUUUAUGAUAAUCCCAUCAUUCCUGGAAACAUAUAUUGAGAAUAUGCUUCCAGUUUUUGUUGAAAAUGCUCUGAAGGCCAUUGGAAUGUCACCAGGAAGAGAAUACAUUAUUGAUAAGGGGCCAGCAGUAAGUGAUACUGAUGGGCAAUUUCAUGCAAUAAUUCCUGUGGAUUUCAAGGCCAGUGGAGUGCUGGAGAAAAACAAACGAUGGGGUGAUGGCUUGCAGCAGUUUUUGGAGAUGAAACAUCAACUUGCUCUCUCACAGAUAUCCAAUGUGACCAAUUACAUGUCAAAUUCCCAUUUCUUCAAAAGAUACAAUAAUGGGAAAGGCAUAUUUGGCGUUUCUGGAACAUUAGGUGGACAGUCAGAUCAAAAUUUUUUGGCACGACAUUACAAAACAAGAAGCUAUGCAAUACCAGCCCAUCGUCACAAUAAAAUUGUUGAGCUGCCAGUAAUUCAAGUAAGUGGAGGCAACAACCCAUGGACCCAGAGUAUUUGUGAAACUGCCAGGAAAGUUGCAGAACGGGGUCAAGUUGUCUUGCUGAUUUGUGAAGAUGUCAACACAGCCAAUGAGCUGCAAACAAAUAUGAAAACCCAAAGCAUAGAUCCAACAAAGAUCACCAUGUACACAAUGAGUGGUAGGCACAAUAUAGAAAAAAAUACAUUUUGUGGAGGAAACAUAAUCAUUGCCACCAAUCUUGGCGGAAGGGGAACUGACAUUAAGGUUGAUGAUGAAGUCAACAGAUGUGGGGGUCUCUUUGUGCUCCUUACUCACUUUCCUUCAAACCGACGUGUUGAGAAGCAGGUCUUUGGACGAACAGCCCGAAAAGGAAACCCUGGCAUGGUUCAGAUGAUUCUCUGUCAAGACCAUCUUGCACCAGCAUAUCAAGGCCAGUCUAUUGAAGUCAUGAGACAUCUAAGAGAGGAGUAUGAAGUCAUACGUAUAGCUGACAUGGAGGAAGAUGAACUUCUGGAAAUUGAAUUGAAGGAAGAACUGUUUUCCACAUUUUGUAAAUUUCUAAUCGAUUUUGACACGAACUACACAGAGGAAGAAAAAGAAGACUUCCCAUCACAAGAAAAUUGCAAACAUCACCCUAACAAGUUUCAUUAUCAGCCUGCUCUCAAUGCACUAAAAGAAUCCUGGGCCUUGUGGCUGACACUUCAUGAAGAGCAUAUCAACUGGCACGAUGACAUAACGACACUGAAAAGAGAUCUCAUCCUUCAACUGGAGAAAACUUGUGAUAUGCUUUUACAAGGUAAAAGUAAUAAUUUCUAUGAUCAUAUUAAACAGGCAAUAAUCAGAACUGACCUUCACUGCAAGGACAGAAAUAAAUCUGACUACGGGGCAUUGUCUUGUUGGGAAAACAUUGUCAGUGAUCAUGAGAUGUACAGUGCUGUUGCUUUGUACAACCAAGCAUUCAUCACCAUUAACCUUCAAAAGCAAGACCACAAAUCAAAAGCAAAGGAUCUUUUGGAGAGAGCACAAAAGCUGGUGGAUGUGUAUAUUUCGGAAUCCUCAAAUACAAUGGUUUCCUGCAACAUGUCAGUGACGAGUGACUUUGAACCCCAUCACAAAGGUAACACAAACUUCCAGAUGCAAAUGGAAGUCAGGAUGUCCAUUUUUAAAUCUUGGCAGGGAUAUAUUGAAAGAGCAUUAAACAAACUAAAGGAGCUUAAGGACAAUGAUGUUGCCAUUGCAAAAGAGUCCUCUGUGUACGAUCUAUCAUAUAAGGAAGACUAUAUCACCACACAUGAGCUUGAAGCACUUUACGACUAUGGGCUUGGGAUUGUGUUUGAAGUGAAGAAAAAACCACGGUUCUGCAUAGAUGCACUCAUCUGCUUCGUACUUGGUGUUCUCCAGGUGGUUGCUGGUGUUCUUGUGUGUGCCCUUUCAUUUGGAACGGCCACUCAGUUUGGACUUGGUUUGAUAUCUGAGGGGGUCUCAGACAUGAUUAGUGGUAUCAAGGGCAUGAUAGAUGGCAGUUUCAGUUGGGCAGAAUGGGCCAUCUCCAAAGCUAUCAGCAUUGGAAUGUCUUUGCUAUCUGCUGGCUUCAGUGUCAUCAAGAAAGUUUGCUCCACAGCUAAAAGCAUAUAUGAUGGCACUAAAACCUUUACCAGUGUUGCAAAUGACGUCAUUAAAUCAGGCAAACACAUAUUCAAGUCUGUACAGGGAACAGCACAGAAAGCUUUUUCAGGGACCUUCUGUGAAACCAUGAAAAAGACGGCAUCUUCGACAGCCCUGAAACAGAAUUUUAAACAUGCAUCAGAAUAUGCUUUUCAAGAGAUUGGCAAACAGGCUGUGACAACUGCUUUAAACUAUGCUGUUGAUAAAGGGGUCCAGGCUGUAUUUAGGUGGUGUUUAGAAGGGGCUUUCGAACAGAUAGUAUCCUCCACAAUUGAAUCUAACAGUGACUUGGAUCAGGUUCUUACAAAGCUAGUUUGCUCUAUAGUUCCAAAGGCAGUACUACAAAAAGAAACUCCUGACUUUUGGAUUGAUAAGAAAAAUGAAGAACAAAUGAAAGAAUUAGUGAAAUCAGCCUCAAACGCUGAUAAACUAGUCUCAGGCUACACCACUGUGCAUGACGUCAUUGACAAACUAUCUAAGGUCUCUGAAGAAGCAGCUGGUAUUAUGAAACAGAAAGGCAUCAAGAUUGGCAUCAUAAAAGGCAUCAACAUAUCGUUGGAAAUAGCUAAAUACACCACUACAUUUGUGGAAAUAUUGAAGGCAAUACCCACAAGUGAAAUCAUCAAUGAACAAUUUGUUCCCACAUUUUCAAAAUCUAUGAAAGAUAUUGGAUCAUAUAAUAAUGACGGCCGACAUAAUCUGCCAGAUGCCAAACGCCUCAAAAACGAGCUGCUCGACAUCAUUGCAAAAACUAUCUCCGAAUCUUUUAUUGAUGCUUUUACUCAACAUAUGACCUCUAUCUCCACAAAAGAAUUUAAAAAACACCUUAACUCUGCUACUGGAAAAGCUGUCGGCAAUGUCCUUGGCCGGUACAAAACUCAACGUUUUUUGGAUGAUCAGAGCCAUGAGCACAAUAUGAAAGCAGCUGCCAGCAGGAAACCUAAGCCACUGUCAGACUUGGAGAGGAUGGAACUUCAAGAUUAUACGAAGAAUAUUAGCAAUGAACAGCGCCCCGCUACAACUCUUGAUCUCUAUGUCCUCACCAAGAGUGACUUACUGAAGGGAAAGGGCAUCAGAUUGACUGUGGUUGACAAAAAAGGGAAAAAGCUUUCAGAGGAGCAUUAUCCAGGAACUGACAGUAAAGCUGGAGAAAUAGAACUCCGGCUCACAAAAGAGCCGUUGAAUACCGAGCAGAAAAAAGACAUCCUCUCAUUGGCAAAGCGUAGAAUUCUUGGUGAAGAAAACCCAUACAGUGGCCAUUUUGAUAUUGUGCAAUAUUGUCAUGGCAAACCUACAUGUACCCCAGUUGAGUCAAAAAAACAGAACUGUCUGUAUCAUGCUGUUGCACAAGCAACAGAAAAGAAACAAGGGCACGACAUACAUGAAAAGGCAGUAAAGCUACGCAAUGCUGUUCAAAGUAAUGUGCAAAACAAUAUUGACAAGUACAGUAACGUCAUGAAGCUUCAAAAGAGAUAUGAAGAGGUGCAUGAAAAUACUGGGAAAUACACCAUAACAGGAGGGGGUAAGAGGUCAAGAGUCAGUCAAGACCAUCCAGAAGCGUAUUUGAGGAGCAUCAAGUCAAUGAACGAGUUCAACUUUGCAAAAAAAUUCCGACUUGGUUUUGUUGGCGAUUAUUGCUGGUUGAUCGACACCCGGGAUUCGGCGCAGAAUAAGAUAAACACAAAUACAUACAUGGUAAAUGCUGACCACAUACCACCAAAGGAUGCCUUUAGAAAAGCACUUAAUCAACUGAAAAAAGACCCUGGGAAGGGAAACAAACUAAAGAAAAAGAAUCCCAAGCUUUAUGAGAUGAUUUGGACGCUAGAAAACAAGUCCGGAAGUAAUCUGGUAGCCAUGGAGGUGCUUGCAAAACAUCACGAACUAGCGCUGACCACAGGAAGUAGCCAUGUUUCUAAUAGAUGCAGGGAUCUGCUGUGCAACAGCCUUGUUUGUGGGGAUGUUGAGAAAAUGAUAAAGCAGUCACUCAUUUUGGCUCAUCCUAUAACAUCACAGGAACUCAAAAGAAGUGCAGGCCUCCCUUCUAAACAAAUAAAUACGAAUGAUCUGACUGGGAAGGACACCAAGCAUUACUAUAAAGUGGGCAGCAAAGAAAUAGUGAAUCAGUUCCACAACAAUGGGAUUAUUGACCAGAAUCAGCAGUCCAGGCUUCUGUCGUGGGUGCAGCAAGAUAAGCAACUGAACAGCCCUGAGUACCAAGAAUGUUUUAAAGCUGUAAAAAGUAGGGUUGGGUACCGAAAGAGGGGUCUAGUAAGGAGGUGCCGACGCAAACGGAAGUAACCAUACCGAAUAACAACGUGAAUUUCGGUGCCUCAUUUCGGUGCUUCAUUUAAAUGGCUUUUUUUUUUUUUUUUAAAUACGAUGCAUCACUGCACGUCAUGCGCCAUAUCUAACGUCUUGCUCUGAUA